AUGCCUUCGGGACGACCCAACCUCACGGGCUUCGACCCCCAGAAGUUCGCGGCAGCGAGCGGACAGCCUGCGAACGAUCCUUGGGCGAGGAACGAAGCAUGGCGGUACACCGGACCAUUCACACGACGAAACCGACUAAAGGGCCUCUUCCCCGGCUUCGGCAUCGGACUGGCGGCGUUUGGGGUGUACAUGGUGUAUGAGCAGCUAUUUAUGAGCUCAGGGCACAGUCACGGCCAUGCAGAGGGCCACGGCGAGGGGCAUCAUUGA